CAGAGGACAAGGUGGCUAUGGGUAAGGCUGUGGUAUACACAAGGAUACCUCAUCUGUACCUCUGGCUAGAGAUAUUGAAUAUUCUUUCAUCAUGGCCCUUGACUGGGUAUGCUCAGCACACCAGCCUCCCAGAAGUAGUGAUACCCUUACGGGUCACAGGCAACAGACCAAUGUGGACUAUGGGAUGGCUGACCUAUAGCCUGCGAUUUGGGGGCCAGAAACAUUUUAUUCACAUAAAGGCCAAGAAGUUCUUGGUUUCUAGACUCUUCUCUGUAUUCACCUACACUAAGCAAGGUGCUCUGCACAAGGACCAGCCUUAUGUCCAGAAUGAUUGCUACUACCAUGGCCAUAUGGAUGGAGACCCAGAGUCUAUUGUUGCUAUUACCACCUGUUAUGGAGGCUUUCAAGGAAUAUUACAGAUAAAUGGCACAGUCUAUGAAAUCAAGCCCAAGAACCUUUCUUCCACAUUUGAACAUUUGGUUCACAAGAUGGACAGUGAGGAGACAGAAUUACUCCCCAUGAGAUGUGCAUUGACAGAAGAAGAGAUAGCACGGCAAAUGAAACUUCAGCAGAAUGAGAACCCCACUCUGAUGCAAAACCACUAUGAGGAAUGGUGGACCCACAGGAGUUUUCUUGACCUGGCAUUGGUUGUUGACUGUGAGCGAAUUCAUUAUCAUAACAAUAAUAAAUCACAUGUGUUAGUGGAAGUAUUCAUGAUUAUCAGUUUAAUAAAUAAGAUUUAUUUUGCACUGGAUAUUGAGGUAGUUUUAAUUGGACUUGAGUUGUGGAAUGAAGGAAAUCUUGUGCCCGUGGAUAGAAUGGAAAUUCUUCUAGAGGAAUUUUGUGUUUGGAAGACUCUCAGCCUUAAUAUUCGAAUUCCAAAUGACAUUGCACAUCUUUUUGUGAAUCAUUCAUUUGGUAAAUUCCUUGGUUUAGCCUAUGUUGGUACUGUCUGUCUGCUAUCUAAUAAUUGUGGAGUUGAUCGUCUGUUAGGUCCUAAUCUUUUUCAAUUUGCACAUAUUAUAGCACAUGAGAUGGGUCAUAAUCUGGGUAUGGAGCAUGAUAGCAGCUCGUGUACAUGUGGAGGAAUAAAUUAUUGCUUAAUGUCUUCAACGUACAGUUUCAACCCCGAGUUCAGUAACUGUAGUUAUUCUAACUUCUGGACAACAUAUGCUACUACCAAUUGUUUGCGCAAGGAAAAGAAGUCAAUAGGCAACCUAGAAAUCCAGUUCUGUGGGAAUGGUGUGGUUGAUGAUGGAGAACAGUGUGAUUGUGGAGACAGGCAUAUGUGUGAAAGAGAUCAAUGUUGUAACUCCAGGGGUGCCCUUAAUGAUGGCGCUGCCUGUGCUUUUGGGCUUUGCUGCUUAUAUUGCCAGAUCAUGCCAGCAGGCACAGUUUGCCGACAAGAGGUCAAUGAAUGUGACCUUCCAGAAUGGUGCAACGGACAUUCACAUAAGUGUNCUAAUGACGUUUAUUUGCUUGAUGGGAGUCCCUGUAGAGAUGGUGGCUACUGCUAUGAGAAGAGAUGUAAUAACCGAGAUGAACAGUGUAAGCAAAUCUUCGGCAAAGAAGNCAGGAGUGCAGAUCACAGUUGCUACAGAGAACUCAACACCCAAGGUGACCGUUUUGGCAACUGUGGUAUGAUCAGAGAAGCAUACUUAAGAUGUCAUGACCCAGACAUCCUCUGUGGCAUAGUUCAAUGUGAGAACAUAACACGCAUUCCAUUUUUGAGGGACCAUUCCACUGUACACUGGACUCACCUCAAUGGUGUCACCUGUUGGGGGAUUGACUACCAUUUUGGGAUGACAAUCCCUGACAUUGGUAUUGUGAAAGAUGGCACAGACUGUGGUCCAGAGCAUGUGUGUAUUAAUAAGAAGUGUGUUAGUAAGCCAAUUUGGCUAGAACAGUGUUCAUCCAAGACAUGUACUAUGAAAGGUAUGUGCAACAAUUUACACCACUGCCACUGCAACUGGAGGUGGGACCCACCACAUUGCCUGGAAAGUGGCUUUGGAGGGAGUGUUGACAGUGGCCCUCCACCUGGAGAAGAGAAAUCCCAGCAACAUAUGGACCUCGUACUGAUUACUCCAAUUCUUUCCAUUGCUUCCUUAGUCUUUCUGUUACCUUGGCUUUUGAAUAGGUAUAUAAGAGCAUCAUCAAAGUUUGAAGAACCUACUGUUUCCACUUCCAAGGAGGAAGAAGAGAGCCAUGUGGCAAGUAAUGAGUCAGAAGCGCAACAGGUUGAAACGUGAAAAGUAAUACAUUAUAAGCCUUCAUGCAUUACCACAUAUCAUCUUGGCAUGUGUAGCAU